UGAAUGUCUAACAAGAAGGUCCAGAGCAGCUAAAUUCCAAGAGAUCUUUGGUCCGUGUCUUAUACGGACGCAGCCAGAUCUCGAACCGCAGCUGCUAUAUAAAGUGCCUCACGUAUAUUGUGGGUUGAUUACCGACAGCCCCCUCAUACACGUACUUAGAGAAGCUACUACAAAAGCAAUAGUUAGAAGAAACAUCAGAACGAAAGAGAUACUAUAUGAGCAGGAUAAGCAACAAGAAAAGACUACAGUGCAAGGGCAUACUUUAGUUUUUGUAAAUGCCCCUUUUUUUAGGUUCGUAUGUCAGUGUGGUAAUGUCAUUCAUCUAAAAACUGAUAUAGUACCAACUACAACUCAACUGAAAGCACAGUUCCCACUUGAGACGUAUGUGAAGCAAAUAGACGGUCAUGAGUGGACCUUCUGGCUACCACGCAGAAACAUAAGGGACAAUCAUAGACUAAUAGCUAGCACUAGUGUGACUAGACCUCCAGCACAGCACCAGUUAUGUGAAUGGUGUAAAAGAAAACCGGAACAAUAUAGAGACUGCAAUGGUGAAGAAAUAACUUACACACAAUAUAAAGCACUAGGUUCCUAUAAAACCGGAUGUCAGUAUAGAGUUGUGUUAGAAGACACUUUAGAUAAACCUCGCCUGAAGCAGACGCUUUACCGAUAAAAAGGUAAGGUGGGCAACAAGUAAGAUAUAUUAGCAGGAAAAUGUCGAACGAAAACUCGCAAAAGCCUGGCAAGGAGGACCUCACUGCAGGAGUGCCGCAUUACAAGAUGCAAACCAAGACCCAUAAAGGAGAAAAGUUGAGGAGUAUCGUAGCGAUUAGGACGUCACAGCAGCAGCCCUCUAAGGAGAAUAUGAAUUGGAAUCAGGAAUGCUCGAGCACUCCUAAUACCAAGCGGCCAAGGUAUGACUGCAAAGAACACCAGCAAGCAGCUACUACUACCGGUAGAAGCAUGGCGGAAGACUACGCGAUGAAAGAUGAGUAGAUGUUGCUUCAGCUUGAAGCCUUAAGGUCUAUUAACUUAAGCAUCAAGAUAUCAUUUGAGUUUAUAGUUUCAUAAGUCUACAGUUCCUAGAGCCUUUCUUUGGUAUAUAGUCUCUUUGUACUCUUGAUUCGGUGCUAUUUUAAUUUUCCAGUAGGUGUUAUUUACGUAUUAGAUACUUGGGUUUCUUUGUUUUGUUGACUCAAGUCCCUCUCUCCAUCUUCCUUAUUCACAUGGUAUUCCGUCUUUCAUAAUUCUUUAGUUUUUGUUCUCACCAUGUCUUAUGUUCUCACCAGCACCUUGUAGUUGAUUUUCCUUGUUUUUAAGGCUCUUAGCCUUCACUACUUGAAGACCUAUGUCUCUAUGUCUCCUAUUAUUUUAGUUUGGUUUGUAUAAUCUGGGUUCUAGCUAUGUAUACUCGUGAUCUCUCAUUAUGUACAGACACCGAAGUAUUUAUACAAGGCAACAUGAUAAGGGAACCCUGUACACUUUGAUUAACUUUUGUUUAUUAUUGCUUUGGCAUUUAUAAGCCCCUCUAGGUCUUAGCUUAUGAAAGAUAAGCGGGCCUUAUCGUGUUCCUCUUGUAAAGGAAAGCCUUUUUCGGGCACAAAGCAGCAAGGGAUUUUCAGAAACUUAUGAAGCAUAGAAGCGGCUUAAGAAGAAUUUCGAGAGAAGGACUACAGGAAAAAGAAAGAUCAGCACCCCUGUAAGUACGGCGAUAAUGGGCACAUCAUGGACCACAAAGUCUGUGAUAAAGCGGAAAGGUCGGAUUUUUUUCUUCCUGGUUGUACAUGUGAGUAAUGUCCAUAUCUAGGGAUCCUUCAAGUACAAUUAUAAAUGACAAUUAAGAGGUUUAAAGAGAAAACGAAUGCGCUAAAGUCUUGGCCAGCACUUCUACUUCCUUACAAUGGGAACAACAUACGUUACGGCAAAAUGCGG